GAUUCACAAGGUACUUGCAAACGGGCAACAGACCACAUCUUAAGUGGCUUCUCUCCGCAUUCCCCUGGCACAGUAUCAGAGAAAGGAUGGACUUGUGUUGUGAGGGGUUGCAGCGGACUCCCCGCGGAAAGGAGUUGUGUGCUCACAGCUCUAAUAGGGAGAUGGAGACCCGACAUAUAUAUCGUGUAUAUAUACCAAGGAGAGACUGUCACUCACAGCAGAUGAUAUCGUUUGAAAGUAGCGGGAUGCACAAGCAAUACUAAUCGCAGCAGCUAUGAUACUCCGGCAGGAAUAGUACAGCGCCGCAGCGAGAGGUGGGGCGGAGCUUGACAGAUCUUGCGUGCCAGCCACCUUCGCCAACUUGAAACUGCUGGAGCUCUCGACACGCACAUUGUCAAGUGAUCAGGAGGUGGAUGUGGAUGGACACACAGGCAGCGCAGGUGACAAGAACGAGGUCGUUUCCAUUUUGGGUGAGCCGGCAAGGACUUCUCGUACUAUUUCUCUCCACCGUGCGAUCGCUUCGACAUUCCCAAGGGAUCCAGUAGCUGUGAUAAUUCGUGGACAAAGAGCAGGAGCGGUGGGCGAGAUUGGAGAUGGCACGCCGAGAAAACUCCAAAAGAGGCCGGCAACCGGCUGGAAGCAAGAGCAAGGCGACACCGCCCGCUGGCGAAAUGCUGGCCGGAGGAUCUCUCGCAAACAACAACUUGGAUUUGCCCGAGUGACAAACAAGGCGAGUGUUUGCUUUGUUGCUACUUUUGCAUUAUAAAACAGCCUCUUGUUUCAAUGCUCCACUUUGGCAGCUUCCAUGGCAACAAAGACUCUGCGAAGGACUGAGUGAGGAAAACACUGGCGUGCUCGCGAAUAAUUUCGCGCGUAGUUUAGCAUUUGGACUGCGAAUCCGAGGACUAAAGGCGCAUUAUCUUCGUCCCAGCCUCGACGAGCAAGCUUGCGCGGCGUUUGAUUGAUUGUCUCUGUGGACUUUGCCCGCGAAUGCGCGCGCGCCACGCGUCGCUCGGCCAUACGCCACGAAGGAAUGUUUAAAAGCGUCUUUGAGAUAAAAUCUAGGCCGCCAGCUUAGUGCCACGUGGCGCUGGGGAUCUCAUGGGCCUUGUUUAGGGUUUGGACGAUCGGCGAGCGAGCGAGCGAGCGAGCAGCGCCGGCGGCGGCGCGGCGGCUGGAAUUCACUCAGCUCAUCAGCCAGUGGCAUUUACUUUGUGAUGGUUUCUUCGUCUCAUUUGGAGCAUUGAUUCUAGAGAGCUUGUACAAGCAGCUUUCUAGCAGGGUGCCGCUUUCACUUUGAGGCCCGCCAGCUAAACUCACUGGGUGUGUGAUUUUCGGCCAGAUUUGGACCAGUCCCACAUGGUAUUUAGAAUAGUCUGGACGGUUCUUGAUGUAGGCAGUGUUUGAGGAAAGCCGAGUGAGUUAUUACAAUCGGAUAGCGCCCUCAACCAAAGUACUGGAAGUUAUGGAUGGUUUGCUCGCCUGGGCAGCUGAUGUUGUUGGAGGUGGUUCCGACCCGGAAUCUCCUGCCGCCAAUGCGUUUCUCGCUUUUACUCCGGACCAGCUCCAAGAGAUUGAGAGGCUGGAUAGAAGAGCUUCGGAGCUCCAGCGGAGUUUGCAGCAGCUGAGGCACCGCUUGCCUCCGGCAAACAUUGCACAGGGUCUGCCUCACUUGCACGCGGAAUCAUUGGCUUCGCAGUCGGCACUGGCACUUGAGCUUCACGCUCACUCGGCCUCACGCAUCCAGGCUCAGGUGAGAGAGUCGACUUUGCAAUCUGACAUUGCGGCUUACAAAAAGGCACUGGCUGCAACUGAGCAGCAGGCAGUUGAUCGCUCCCGUGAAGCACAGGAGCUUGAAUUAUCAUUUCAGGAGCUUGAACAGCUGGAGCAGAAGCUGAGAGAAGAGUACGAUUGCCUGGAGGAAGAGUUGCGUGCGCAGCGCGAUAGUAUUGAAGAGCUAGAGGAGAAGGUACAGGAGGCCUCGCCUCUGGAGGAGGAAGAGGCGAGCGAGCUUCAGUCACUGAGAGCCGAACUGGCAAAGUGGCAAACAAAGGCUGCAGAGUCGAGAAAGGAGCUGUCGAUGGUAGAAAACGAGGCCCUGGCAUGGCCUUCGUCUGGUACUCAGCGAGAAAAGGACUUGGAGCGGCGCUUACGAUCCCUUACAGAGCAACUUACGGCCAAGCAAGCACAGGCCGAGAAGCUAACUAUCGAGCGUGACAACUUGGAGGCGCGAGUAGAGCAUGCAAACCAAGCACGGAAGAAUCAGCUCGUGGAGAGCUUGGCUCACACGGUGAAGAGGAACAAGAUCGGAGUGAAGCACUUGCUAAUGGAUCCAUCAGAGCCUCAGAGAAAGUAUCCUAGCCGGGGAGGAUUGAGCAGCAGCCUUGGCGUGUUCCGGACGAGCCUCGCCUUUAAAGCGCUGGUAGUGGGGUACGUCUUCCUCCUUCAUGUCAUAGUUCUCGUGGUUCUUUCGAGCAAGCACAUUGAAGACUGAAGAUGAUAAAAGGUUGAGAUGGCUAUCAGGAGGAAGUAUUAUGACGAUGAAGAUGACGAUACUCCACCACAGUACCCUUUUUUGAUAAUCGAAUCACAGAUGCCCGGGUUCAAUCGAUUUAAGCAGCUGGAGAUGAAAACCAUGGCUCUCAUACUUGUUUGAAUCUUCUAUCGAUGAAAAUCGCAAGUGCUUCUCUCCCGUGACUAUUUUCACCAAAGACAUGGUAGAAACAUUGGAGCGGCGGAACAAGCGCAAAUUUGGAGCUGACCGUGGAGACACUUGUCAUUUGUUCAUUUCAUCCUAGUCUCUCUGGCAAUUACUACAUUUUUUUUCUGUAGGGAAGGUUAAGCUCUUCGUCACCCAAGCCACGGAAGCUCGCUGGUGUGAUCUCUAUCGACACUAUAGACUGGAAGGAGGUACUCGAUGUCGCGCGUCAGGAGAUCUUUGACAACAUAGAGAAAGGCUGCCAAGAUCCCAUCUCUCUCUUCUUUUUCUCUAAUGAGUCCAAGUGGAACUAUACAGUCCUCGAUGUGGAAGGCAUCGUCGGUACUAAAUGUGGAGGAA